AUGCACGAAGAGACGUCCACUUGCCACCACAUAGAGAGGCUGCUCGCCUCAAACGACGCGUCCGCCGUAGACAGGUUUCGCGACGUGGUCGGAUGGAGUGUGAAUUAUGAACGCGCGAUGAGCAAUCCUGCAAAGAGGAGAAAGUUGUCGAAUAGGCCGAUAUGCGAUACCUGCCGCGUACCCCUUGCGCGGCCUAUCACUUGCUUGCAGUGCUCUUACUCUGGAUGUUGGUCCCACGGCCAUAUCAGAGCACAUCUCAAAGGCUCUGGUCACCAGUUUGGCGUCGACCCUUCCACGGGCAGCCUAUACUGCCUAGCGUGCAAUGACUUUGUGUAUAACUCAAGGGCAGAAGCCCUAUACGCGGAUAGCUACGCAAACGCUGUCGCGUCGUACUUGCACUAUAGCGACCACGGACCAGCAAUCCCUUGGAUACCUACCGAAAGGGAUUACAAUGCCAUUAAUGCCGCGUCCGCGGUGGUUUGCGAAGGUCGCCGCGGACUGCUGAACCUCGGCCAAACCUGCUUCAUGAACGUCGUUUUGCAGAGCUUCGUCCAUAACCCACUUCUACGAAACUAUUUCCUCGGAGACAUGCACGACAGACGAAUAUGCACCAUCGCAGACUGCACAAGCUGCGAGAUGGACAGUCUGUUUUCCGAGAUCUACUCUGACGAAUCCUCUCCCUACGGCCCCAUCGGCUUCCUCGUCACCACCUGGCGCGGCUCCGCCGAGCUCGCCGGCUACGCCCAACAAGACGCGCACGAGUUUUUCAUUAGCACGCUCAACCAGAUCCACGCCUCCUCCCCAGACGCCUCGCCCAGCAACAAGUGCCCGUGCAUCGUGCACCGCACGUUCGCGGGCCAGCUGCAGAGCGAGGUGCGGUGUGGAAGGUGCGGGAAUGUGACGCUGACGGUGGACCCGAUGUUCGAUGUUAGCUUGGAGCUGAGGGGGGUGGGGGAGAAUACGUUGUUUGAUUGUUUGAGGAGGUUCACGCAUCCGGAGAAGUUGUGGACGAAGGAGUAUAGCUGCGAGCGAUGUGGCAAGAAUGGCCAGGAGGCAAGCAAACGCAUGAGCAUCCGCCGCCUGCCGCCCGUGCUGAGUUUCCAGUUCAAGCGCUUCGAGCAAAACAUGGCUGACAAAGGCACCGUUCGCAAGAUCGAGGCUUCCGUGCGCUUCCCAGCCACCCUCGACAUGUCGCCUUACACGACCCGCGCGAUGCGGCAGCAUGCGGGCGAAGGGUCUACGAGACUCCCGGACCCACCGGGCACCUACGUCUACGACCUCUUCGCCGUCAUCAACCACGAAGGGCAGAUGAACAACGGGCAUUAUACGAACUUUGCGCGGUACGGACGGGAGUGGUACCGAUUUGACGAUGACAAGGUCACCAACACCAGCCUCGCCACCGUUCUCGCCUCUGCGGCCUACAUGUGUUUCUACGUCAAGCGUAGGCUCGACUACAAGGACGCGGGCAUGGCGAUGGACGCUGACGUACCCAUGAACUUCGGCUCCUCGCAGUCCAUGGGCUUCGACACGCAGCCAGCGGGAUACGACCCCUCGCAGCCCAUGGCCUUCGAUCCCUCGCAACCCAUGGAAUUCGACUCCUCGCAACCUAUGCCAUGGGAGAUCGACGCGCCGGCCAUGGACAGUCUUGAUCCUCAGCAGACGGGAUAUAUGGACCCCCCGCAAACGGGAUAUCUGGACCCUCAGCAAACGGGAUAUCUGGACUCGCAGCCCAUGGACUUCGACCCCUCCGCCGUGGACCCGCUGUUCGACGACAUAGAUGCAGACGGGCAGGGUGAGGAUGACGUGGAAGAGGAGGAGGAGUAUGAGGCGGCGCGGAUGAGGGAGGUGGAGGAUGAGUUGUUGGAUACGCUGUAG